UGUGAGGUUUACGUUUCGCGAAAGCGAUUGCUUGUUAGCUAAAGCGCGUAAACUAUUAUCGUUUUAGGGAAAAAUACGAUAAGAACUAUAUCGUUGUUCAUGUUUGAGGAUAGCUAUGCCGUUUGGCAUAUGUACAAAACCUUUAAAAGAUGAUUUGACAAAGUAUCUUCCUAUACUUGUCGAAAUACCAGACAAAUCUUGCAUAGAAGUGACGCUGUCGAAAGACGCCAUAGGGCUAGAGUGUUUGGAGAGUGUGACGAAGGAACUUGGUCUACACGAGGUAAGUCCUAGCUUUAGAUUUACACUCUUAUGGCGGUUCCGCUGUGGCUGAGUGUCUUCGAUGUUAGUUGAACACUCUUUGGUACUUUGCUGUAGCUAGAGCACACUUAAAUUAUUUUGAUUUGUGUUCAGAAUAUCUUCAACUCAGGCAUUUCCAUGUUGUUGUACUUUUGCAUGUGCCUGGAUUUAAGAUUUCUCUUGUGUAGUGGAUGAAAGUGUUGAGUGAAUUUUCUGGUUUUAUUCCGUUUACUGCUAUAUAAGCGGGAUACUUUGCAUUAUAUGUAUUUAACUGAACAGAUGAUUAAUCAAGCAUUUAUCGAACAUCGGUCGAGAUAUUUUUACUGUAUGUUAAAUUUUGCGCUGCAUCGAUCAAACCUCAAUUAUUAAGGAAGCGAAAGCACUUGAAAAAAGAGCGAGGUCAACAUUCUACACCACGUUGACCUGUCUUACUUUUAUUUGUGGGGUUUACCACCAUUUAUUUGUAACUAUACUUAGUUUAGACGGACAACAAAUUAAUGAAAGAGAGGUCACUUGAUAAAGAGAUCACCUGCAGCUUAAGAUGCCAAGUAAAUAAAACAAGACAUUAAAGCGGUAAUUGUGGGAGUUAAAGUAUUUCAAUAAUGGACUUGAAAUGAAUCUAGAAUUAAGGAUCAAUAUAACAUAAUGCAUCAAGUGGAAAAUUUCAGAAUUCUGUAAAUCUGUUGAGCUAAGAGUGCACCAACAAAUGAAAGUAGACCAAUAAUAACUCUUAGUUUUAAUGAAAGCUUAUCAUUGACCAAAUUGAAAUUUCGAAAUUGAAUGGCUUCUUGGAGGAAAAUAACUAGUACAUGUGCAAGUUAGGUUUGUUUUCUUUUUCCCUCUGCUUCUAAUGUCUACUAGUUUGGUGUGCUGUUGCUAGCUCAAAAUUGCAGUAGGUGAGCUUUGAGUAUUGAUUUUUAAUUUAUUUUCAGGAAGCAAAGUAAUUUUUACACUAUAAGAUGCAAUUGAUGAGUCUAACAGCUUUCAUGAUGUUGAAUAAGAGCAAUCUGAUUUAUUAUAUUUUUGGUUUCACAGCAGGGUUGUCUGACUUAACCUUGGCCUUGUAUGAAUGCUGGAGUAAACCUGAGCCCUGGGUUUGAAAUAACCACUAUGGCUUUAAUUUGACGGCUUGGCAUUGAUAGAAGUUGCAGCCUUUAUUUGCAUUUGAAUUAAGAUGCAAUUUGUUUAUUUGAUACAUUAAAAUGAUGGAAGGAAAAGAAAAAAAAAUGAAACUAAUAAUCCAGUUAUCCCCAUGGGUCCUAAUGGUGAUCAUUUAUAAAAAAUAGAUCUGAAAACUUGUGUAUUGCCAGCCUUGUGUAGAUAUUAGGUUCUGUGGGGUCAAGUUUGAAAUAAGUUUAAAAAGUGUUUAAUUAAGAAAAGGUGGUACUUGUCGCGAAUUAUUGCUUUAUUUUUCUUAGCGGUUUGGAAGUGUAAGUGGUGUUACUCAGUAAGGACAUUUCAUUGAACUGUGCUUUACCAAGUGAAGGACAAAAGGUCAAGGUAGCUUACAAAUUAUGAUAAACUUAAACAGGGCGUGAAAUUAAUUUUUUUUUCUGUUAGCCACUUGGCUCCUAAAUUCUUCAAAGUGGUAGCCAAUUCAAAAAAAGUUGGUUGCCAUUUUCAAAGACAAACAAAACCUUUUUAUAUGCUGUCAACAUUCUAGAUAGACCCUCCAAAUUUAAUUUAGGGAAAAGAUCUAACGUUCUGAAAAAUAGACACUAGGAUGGAUGAUAUACAACUUUCAAGCUCAGCUAAAUCCAAGAUGGCGUCUAGUUAUUGAUUGAGAUGCGUGUGCUGAGUUUUGGAAACAAACUUAACGAGGAAGUUUGCCACGGAUUUAUCUUUGCAAAUCUUUUUGAUUCACUAUGUCUCUCGGUAUGGUUGUGAUGAAACAUUCUAGUCACCAAUUUGGCGACUAAUUCUCAAGAUUUGGUCGCCAAAGUGAAAAAUUUAGUCGCAUUGGCACCUGUAUUAGGCACAAUUUCAUGCCCUGUUAAAGACUAAAACUUGAAUUGUUUACAGGGGUGUGUAAAUUUUUCCUCAUUGAACCUCUAGACUGAUGCUAAUUGAGCCUACUUAGCACUGUGCUAUGAUGUAGAAAGGUUGUAAAAUUAGUAUUCACUGAAAAAGGGUGAUAAAGGUUCAGCCAUUGUAAGUAAUUGCCAUAUUGUUAUAUAUCAAUGGUCAUAGGAGGAAUGAAGGAUAGUUAGUUACAUGGACUAUUAAUAUCUAAUCACAGCCAAAAGCAACAGGGAAAUUAGAGUAUAGUAGUGGAAAGACAUAAAGAUUUGUUACAUAUCAUCUUGUGCAAUUCCAGAUGGUAAAAAAAGAUGUGAUGUUUUUGCUAACCCUUUGGGAAUGACUGAAUGACUCUUCACUUUUUACGUGGAGUUUUAACUUUACAUCAACUCAUCAAUUUAACCCCUUUUGAACGAAGACCACUGACUUUUGUCUUCAAAGCUUCAGAGACUUGUUCAGAGCUAAUUGUAACAUGUAGUUGUAUCACAAAUGAUUUUUGUAUACCUAUUCAGUAAUUUAGUGCUUCUAAGACAGUGUGGUUGAGAUACUGUGCAUGUUCUAAUUUUUUUUUUUUGUUUAUUGUAUUGUUUAUUGACUAUUGUAUGAUAAACUAGACGCAUAACUGCAUGAACUCGGGCUUACUUAGGGUGCAUUUAAAUUGGCAAUUUUUGUGGCAAUUUUCUAAAAUUUAAUUACUUUUGUCUUAUCCUUCUGAAUAAACAUCUGCCAAGUCCAUCUUGGUGCCCUUAAUAAAACUUUAGAAGUCAAUUCUUCACCAUUCUUUACUAUGGUGGAAAUCAUUUAAAUCUCAACAGAAUUUGUGGUAUGCAGUAAUAUUGUAUGUAGUGCGCUAAAUGCAGAAAUAAUGAAAGACGAUGUAUCAUUUACACGCACAAUAUGUAAAUCAAGUUUAGGCAAGGAAAAUAUCUCUCUGCUGUGGGUCUCUAUCGGGCCAGGGUACCUACUGGAUGGAUAGUGGUGGCAAUUUGUUACUUGUGCACUUGUAUUACAAUGUAAGCCAAUACCAGUUGACUUUCAUUAAAUAGCAAGAGGGAAUAGACAUAUUUUGACCUUUUUGUGGGUUUAAAAAUACAUGUCAUACAGAAAACUGAAAACCACAUCAAAAACCCUGUGCAUUCUCUAUUAUUUCUUACAAGAUUUUCGAGAAGUGAUUUGCUGUCAACUGAAUCAGACUGCACUGUAAUCACUUUUAAGAUCUAAACUUACUUCAGUUCCACAAACAUCAACAGUUUUUGGCAUAUCAUCUAACGGUAAAUACUUGUUCAAAGAUGAAUUUUUGUAUAAUCUUUUGCCAUAUUGAAUAACAUCAGAUAAGGUGUUUUAAUUCCAAUAACUACAUGAUUUUAUUACAGAGUAGCAGAGUGAAUAAACAGCCACAGCACAACUCACAUUGAACUUUCUGGUUUCACAGGCAUGACUCUGAAAAAGGGUACUAUUUUGAACUUUACUAAAGUUAACCCCUUUCAAUUCAAAUAUAUCAUUGUUAUUUAUACUCUGAAAAUAAUGUACUAAGUUAUUCAGUGAUGAUACUUCAAGCAGCACACAUGUACCUUGAGGAUGGCUUCUACCAUAAAUAUCCCUUGCAUGAGAAUCAAAUAUAUUCAAGCCCACAUUACCUUUACAAUAGAUAGCAACUGCAGUACAUCCUAUUUUCAAGACAAAAUUGUUGAAAUUUUCGGAUAUAAGUGAUUGAAAGACUCUAUCCAAGGAGGUACAGUACUGAUAUCCUUCUACUGUAACUUCUUGAUGAAUAGUACCAGUGUAGCUCUCACUGUAUUGAAGUUCAUAGUCAGUCACAUUUAAAAGUGUGGGUAAUUCUGUCUGCAUUAAAAAUGAUUGUCUGGUUAACUGAGACAAACUUUAAUACAACUGAUUUCCAAUAGUCAUUAUUGACACAAGAUCAUUAGCAGAAUUGAUUCCUUGUUUGUUAUUGUAAAUCAAAGAGCAUAAACUCAUUGUGACACAUUGUUGUCCUGAAUUCUGUCCAAAUACCAAUUCAUUAGCUUGGCUAUGUGGUGCCAUUAUUGUUUUUCUAGGGUCAAUGUACAUUGGAGUAGGACCAAGGUUUUCCUCUUUAUCUGAACUCAGUUGAAAUUUACAACAGUUUGAUGCAUGUGUCUGACUCUUAUAAAGACACAUGGGUCUAUUACAAGAAAACAUUGAUAAGUACCUACUUGCUCUAUACUUCAAUUUAAUUAUCCUUUGAUAUACCCUUACAGAACAAUUCAACAAAUACUUCUUAUCAUGUUUUGUAACUUUAUUUAAUCUUACCCUCUUUGAAUUAAGCUUACAAUCAUUCUUUGUAACUCUUCUAACCUUCACAUAAUGACGUAGCCAGGAGGACUUCGGUAUGCUUGGACAAAUACGCUCAUAAACAAACUCCUUCAGUUUUCUGCCGUUUCUUCUGAGACGUUUCAGAGUAGCUUCUGGUAUUCUACUGGGUUCUUGAUCACGUCUAAAUACAGGGUUGUGUUUACAUGUAAACAUAAUAUGAGAUAACUCAUUUGAUAUAGCAGGUUUCACUUGAUAUUUCUCGAUAAAAGGUUCACUUGUAAAGGAUCACUCGUAAAUUGAUCUCUCGUAAAGUUUGCGGACCAAUCUGUUCCCAAAACGCUCCACAAGUUUUAGUGUGGGUCUACCGCAAACGGUGUGUGACUUUGUAUGUAUAUUGGGCAUAAUAGCCAUCAAAUUUCCUUCAUGUACAUCAAGCCAGGAAUUGUCCACAAGGGCAGCCAUUGCUUUAAACCAUGUGCUCUAAGGUUCAUUCUACACAUGCACUCACACUUCACACAUGCGCUGUAGUGGAACUGCAUUUUGUGAUUGAAUGGAAAAAAAAAAAAAAUGAAGCCGCAUUUAUACCCCGAGGUAUAAAAAGGGAGGUUUCAUUUUAUCUGACCUGAAAUUAUUGAUCAAAUAUCUCAGUCAUAAAAGACUUACACAGGUUUUUUGGUUGAGACUUCCAUUCAGCUGGUUAACACCAAGAUGUCAUAUUCAUUUCCACUGUUUCAGAUUUAUAUUUGUGGGUCUACUAAGCUACGUGUGUGUAAUAUGGUCCUAAAAGAAAUGCAGAGAGAGAUAUAAAUGAACUAGAUAAGAGCUCUCUAGAUGAGAUUUCUCCAGUGACUAUUCUGUUGCUUGGACAGUUAUGUAAUUACCUCCUGUCACCAACUUUCCAGGUCAAUAUGCUGUUAUAGAGUAUUACUGAAUGACAUCAGUUGUGUUAAUUGUAGUUGCCUCUUUAUUUGUUUUGUUUGUUUAACCUCUGGCUUAAUUUGGCUGGCAUUUGCAACUUGGUUCUUGGUUUAAUUCAGUGGCAGCUAUUUCCUAAGGAUGACUCCUUGCAAAAUGACAUUGAGGAAAUAGAUUGAAGAAAAGGGUUGUUCUAAUUCUCCACAUUUCUUUACAUUUUGAUUUCAAAGGGAGAUAUCUCACAGAAAACACAAACAAUUUAUUCUCAGAAGUGAGGAGAUAUUGAUUUCUCCUCACAGUUUCAACAUAUUGCCAAGAAGAAAGGUGUUGAGAAGUAAGUGAAGUAGGGAUAUUGUGUUUUUCAAAAUCCCAGAGUUAAGAGUGCACUAGAGGAAUUGAUAUUUGGAUCAUGGUAGUGAAAGUGGUAAUGUACAACCAUAGUAUUUAUGUUGGGCAAUGUAUUUGCAGGUUGGAUACUUUGGUUUAUGUUACAAGACUAAGAAAGGCUAUGAUUGGUGGAUUGUAUUGGAGAAAUCAAUAAAGAAACAGUUAGAACAGAACACUCUCAGUUCUGUUGGCAGCAUCAGACUUAAGUUGAAGAUUCAUUUCUUUGUGACUGGUUCCUCUUGGUUAAAACUUCAAGGCAAACUGAUAAGGUAAUACAGAAAGAAAUCUUUAACCAGAAAAGUCCCAAGAUAGUUUGUGUGUUCAAGUUAUGUUCUCAGCCUGUCCAAUCCCUUUCUUCAUUAUCUUUUUCUUAUGAGACUAAAAUCCUGUGCAAAUUUGAAAAUAUGGCAGAUGAAGUGAUAAAUUCUUUAUUGAGAGAUUUUAUCUUUUUUUCUAUCUAGAGGAUAGUUUUGGUAGUGACUUGACAGGAGGGUUGAAACAAAUAAACAGAAUUCUUACUGCCAAUUUUGCAAGUAUGUAAAUACAUCAAUCAUGUUGUGUCUUUUUUAAUUCUAGGAGCUUUUACUAUUUACAACUCAAAGAUCAAAUUCUUGAAGGGAGUCUGUCAUGUGAAAAAGACUCUGCUGUGUUGCUGGCCUCAUACACUGCACAAGGUGAUUAGAUCUGCUAGUCAUGUUGAAUUUAUUCGUGCUUCAGUUACCAUAAGGUUCUCAUAUAAUUAUUCAACUUUAAUGUUUAUAUCAGUUCAAGGACAACAUCUUUCAGAAAACUUUAACCCAAUGGCUUCAAACCAACCCAAUCUACAUUGACUGUGACUAAUACAAAGGGAAAAGGCUUGCUCUAUCAAUUAUGAAAUUAUAAUUAUGAUUAUUAUCUGAUUCAAACUACAGUCAAAUUGUUAUUAUCUGGACCUCGAGUACCAGAAUUUUUCAAUUACCUGGACUUGCUUCUCUAGUCCAAUUUUUUCCCAUCAAACAAAGCUGAUUGACGUUAUUCCAUUAGAGCUGCUUCAAAGAAUGAUAGAAAUAAAGAUACACUACUGCUUUAGCAGCUUGGAAUAAAUUGAUUUAAAUCAACGCCUGAGGUCAUAAAACGUUGUUGUAAAACAUUGUUGUUGAAAAAUGUUUUUCUCAUUAAUAUUCAUUUUUUAUUAUUAUCUGGACUUCCCAUUAUCCAGGCUAUUCAGCCUAGUCCAUGUAAGUCUGAAUGAUGGAGGUUUGAUUGUAGUUUGAAUCUGAAGGCAAGAAAAAAUUGUUUUGCCACCAUUGGAGUAAAUUUGUAAGUGGAAUUCAUAACAAAUGCUUUGCACUUGGUUUUUAUCUUCAAGCUUCUGUUCCUAAAUAAUAGUUGAUGUUCAGAAUUCUCUCAUUUAUUUUCAACAGCUGAGCUGGGUGAUUAUGAUGCUGAAACAUUUGUUACCUUUGCAGAAACCCACAACCUCUACCCUUCUGUAAGUCUUUUGUUGUAAUGUAACAUUUAAAUGUAUGAUUAUGAAUCAUUGUUAUUAACAUAAGAUACCCACAUGAAGUUGCAAGUUGACUGUUGGAAAUAAUGUCUUUCAGUAAGCUGCUGCAGUUUUGUUUCAUUGUGAUAUUGGUCAAAAUUGUGUGAAACUAUAACAAAAUUCCUUUUCUUCUUUUCCUUUUUCGGGCAGCUAAGAACUUUUUGCUUCAGCAAUCAUUUCAUGGCUUUAAGUUGCCAAAAUGUGACUUUUAAAAAAAUUGAGCUUGGAGGCCUGCAAGCCCCCCUCCUAUGUCCAGCAGGAGUCAUUUGUAUUAAAAUGCUCCUUACAAUACCAUAGAAUUAUCCAUGAAGCAGACAGGUAAUAAAAACUAGGGAUAUUAUUUGGAGAUCAGCCAACAAAUUAACGAAUGGUCAUUGCACAAGGGAGGUUAACACUGUAUUUACUGGAAGUGUAAGAGUUUAUCCAGGACAGUGAAUACUGUAACAAAAAAAUCUUGAACUUCAUUGGUUAUUAACUGCUCAAUUUUCAGUACUAACAAAACAGUGCAUGUAUCAGGCUUGUUUCUGGACAAAUUAACAUCAGUUAAAGGCCUAACUUUGUCACCAGAUAUUUCUGGCAUUAAAUUUCUUUUCAGCAAUUUGCCAGGAAAGUACAUAGCCAAUGAUGUACUGUUCUAUAGGCCUGUGGUUUCCUGGAGGUCUCCUCGCUUUACCAUACUGUUGAAUUUGUAUUUCUGAAGUGGCUCACAAAUGAUUGCACAAUUUACUGAAAAGCUCCCUGUAUUAAGUGGACACUAAAGUGAGUCAGGUGGCUGUCUGCUUAACAAGGUUCACUCUGAUUGCUUUGCAGAGUGUUGCUGCUUCUCAUGCAAAGGAAAUCCUUGAUCAGCAGGUACAGAAUUUUUUAACACACUAAUGAUUUUGUUUACAAUUUUGAAUUAUACAUACUGAUAUAUACAAACUAAGAUAUUGCAAGGAAAGUUAUGCAUCAAAUUUAGCACAGUAUACAUGGUAAAUAUGUUUUGUUUUCUAUCCAAUAAAGUAUACUUUCAUUCACUGAGCAGAUGAGAUCUUGAGUGAAUAACUCCUUCCCAGAGAAAAAGUCUGGUGAGCUCUUUCUGGAAGAAUUGUUCUGACUAGUCUUCGACAUAAACUUUAAUUUGAAGACACUGUUUAUUGGUCUAUCUAUUGCGAAUGCAUGAAAUUUAUUUUUAGGAAGAUAAGGUCAUUGGCUUGCAUUGAUAUGUGGUGACAAAUAUUGUGCUUAAGAAAGAGUAUUAUUUAAGACUGCAUUUCAUUUCAUAAUUGUCACAUUAAUGAUAUGUAGAAAAACAUUUGAGUCCUCCAUGGUCCCACUGCCGCAGGUCUCAUGAUGGCUAGUUAGAUUCCCUUGACCUGUGGAGAUGUGUGUAGAGGAGAAUUACUUGAAUAAGCAUUAAGAAAUUGUCUAUUUUGCUUUUAGGUGAUAAAAUUUUAUAGCCAUCACAGGUAUGUUUGCAUUUUAUAUCAAUGUAAUUUUCUUUUAAUUUGUACAAUCCUCAGACACAGAAAGUAUGGAAUGUUUAUCUGUGGCUUAUAUGCUCAGUUAAUAUGUAGUUUUCAAUGAGGUUCUUUCUUGUAUCACUUGUUAAAAAUUGUGUCUAGCCUAAUGUUAUCCAUUUGUGAAUUACUGCCCCUCAACAUUCUUUUUUGGAACGACUUUUAAUUUUUCUUAUUGUGUAUUGUGAUGGUCUGGCUGAGGAAAGGCCUUAACAUUUCAACAAUUUUACUCAGAUUAUCAGUGACUUGCAGACCUCACUUUUUUGUUGGAAUAUGCUGAGUUUUGAUCCUUCUGUUAAAACUUGUAUCAGCCACUGACUCUGGAAAGCUGGUUUACUGUUAAACAGAGAAUAGACUCCCCUCAACACAUGUCAAUUAAGCUACAAAUGAUUUUAGUCUGUGAUAUUUAUUCAGCUUAAUUAUCAAAUAUUUAAUAAAGGACCAACUUUGUCUGAUUAAAACUGACCAAUAUCAACUUAUGGCUAAUGAUAUCACAGCUGAUCCAACUAAUGAUUGCCCACUAACCAUGGUUAUCAUACAUGAGACCUACCAUGAAAAAUCUGAUUGAUCAAGAGCAUACAAGCAAAAUACAAUAGCUUAUAGAGUUUACAUGAUAAUGUAUCAUCUGCAGCUGAUAUUUUCAACUAUUAUGUUGUGUUCAAAGUCUGCAUAGUAUCCAAGCCCCUUGUCUGUGUUGUGUUCUCAAACAUUUGCAAACUUAGAGAAGUGUCUUCUUUGAAAAUUGUUUAAAGAAUGUAAAAUAAAACAAUUAUUUAAUUUGGUUUUGGUAUGAUAUCAUAAAUUAUCAAACCUUCGGCCCAUGUUAUCCACCUCAGCCUUCAGCUUUAACAGAUAACUCAGACCUGAAUUUUGAUAACUCAUGAUAUCAUGCUGAACAUCAUCCAAUAAUUGCUUAUAACUAAUUAAACUACCUAUUACAGUUACAGUGUAUUGUGAUUUAAUUGCAUAUUUAGAAUGUCUUUUAUUAAUUUGUUCAUUAAAAUUUUUUUUUUUCUGAAUUAGGGGUUUGACACGUGAAGAAGCACAGCUUGAGUACAUUUUGAUUGCUCAACAACUGGAGGGAUAUGGUGAUGAGUAUUACCCUGCAAAGGUGAGCAGCCAUUAGCCAUGUAAUGAAGCUUGAAGCUUCAAUAAGUUCCUUCAUGUUACAGGUAUGAUAUGGUUGAUUUUUUUGCGGAAUUGAAGCCUCUGUGGACACAGCCAAUGAAACUGAUAUGAUUUGAUUUAAAAACAGUAUCUAGUCAAAACAGGUGAGCUGAGUGAAACAUUCUCAGGGAUGUAUCAGCAUCACUGUCUGGUCUGCUAACUAAAUUAUAAUAAGAAUAUUGACUUUUUAAAUUUUAAGAUUUUUUUAACAUGAACUAAAAAAGUUAUGGUUAACCUUGAAAAAUUAUGAUACCACACAAUCAUUUGCCAGUACUAUAGGGGUUUCAUGAAAAGGAACCCAAGCACAAUUUUUUAGCCUAGUACCCUGUACCCUGUACCUUGUACUGUACUAAAUACUUACGGGUAAAUAACUAAAUAGUUAAAUGCUGUUUACCUAUGGCCACUUAUGAGACCUCUUACCGCCCUCUGUUAGCUUGCGACCAGUCUCUUGCGUUUGGGUUUUGCCUUGUACCUCUUUCUGCACACAACUGGCUAUAACAACAUUGGCAGCCUAUUGUGAAAAAAGUUAUUGAAACCCUUGAUACUGGUGUGUUGCUCUUCCCAGCUGAGGAACUAACUUAAAGCCAACUGGUAGUUUUUUAAUUCCCCAAGAAAAUCACCGUGUGAAGUGAUAGCAAUUCCUGUAUAGGAGCAUGGAAUGACUGCAUCAAAAAAUUAAAGCAUAAAUUUUUUUAAAUAUGAUAUAGUAACAUGUACAAAUUUUAUAUUUGUUUGUAGGGUAAUGAUGGUUCUAUCAUUCUAGUUGGUGCAUCAUUUCUUGGCAUUGUAGUUAGACAUCCUCAUGGGUUGCCUCCAGCAUAUUUCAGGUUUGAUGUAACUGAAAUCACUAUGUCAUGGUUGUGGUAUCUUCAAAUUUAACAGUAAUGAAUUGCUAGUAGAAUUCAAUUUCAAGUUUUGAGAGAUAUGGUAACCUAGUUAUAACCUGUAGAUUUGAGCCCCAUUGCUUUGUGUCUCUAAGCAAGAAAUUUCACUUCAACAGUGCCUCCCUUCUACACUUGUAGGUGGGUUGAAAGGUACUUACAAACUGCUUGGUUACCUUGACCAUUAUUUUUCUGAGAGAUUUCCUGUGAUGGACUGGUAUCCUGUCUAGGAGGAGAAGCAAUGGAAACUGAGACAUACUCUCAGUGAUUUGCUCCGUUUACUAGUCAUACUUAAAUUAAGCUACAUUGUAGUUCACGUACAUAUUGGAACUUGUUUCAUUGUGGUACCCUAUGUCUGGUAUAUUUCUCAUUCCACACAUGAGAGCUUUGCACAACAUUUACUACAAGUUAUAGAAUUUUCCUAUAUCAAGGUAACCAUUUUCUCUCAGACCCUUUCCCCUAUUUGGAAGCCGUGCAUGACUGACACUGUCUUUCUCCCUCAUUCAAUUUCAGAUGGCCUGAUAUUGUUCGCAUUACUCACAACAAGAAGUACUUUUGUAUUGAAAGUACCAAAUCAUUUGAUAUCAUCCAAUUUGAAAUGGUACAGUGGUAACAUAUUUUUAUAUACAUACUUUAGAUAAAUUGAGUAAGAUGUGACUUAACUUUUGACAUUUGGUUUUCUCUGACACCAAUCUUGUUGCAUCGUACCGGUUACAUCCUACUUUGGCCAAAUUCUUUAACUCAAGAAGUUCUUAACAUGUAAUUUCUCCCUAUAAUAUUUAAACAAUAUCCAACAAGCAGCUAAUUAAAAUACUCAAAUUUAUCAGGUAUAAGUUGCAGGGUUUGCACUGGUCCUGGAAAAUCUGCAAAUUCCUGGAAAAAGACUACAGGUCACAGAAAGUCUCGGAAAUCUGUUUAACCCAAGCACAAUAAAGUUUUCUGAAUUUAAAUUUUUAAAAGAUGUGUGUAGAAAGAAAGGAGAAUUGAUUUUGAAAUAUUGGGAAUGAAAGGAAUUAAGGUGAAUUUUGGAGUCCUAGAAAAAUCAAUCUGAUUCCUGGAAAAGUCCCUGAAAGUCCUUGAAACUUGCCCUGAAGUUGUUAUCUUGAUCUAGCACCAAAUUCUUGUAACUGAUCUGUGUAAGGAAAUGUGUAGCAGUGAGAGGGGAGAAUUAACAAUCAGAUCUUGAGAGUUAUAACCAGGUUAAUUAUCCUUUUGUAGAGGUAAGAAGGGGCCAAUGUCAUGUAUUGUGAUAAAGGCAAUUACUGCAGGUUUAACUGUCAUACAAUGGACACCAAGGGAUAUCCUCUAAUAGCCACAAGCAUGACUCUGUCUUAUGCCCAAUGUUUUAUCUUCUACAGGAUGAUGCACCAACAGCUAAGUACGUGUGGCGGAUGUUUGUAGCACAUCAUCAGUUUUGCCGUCUGAAUUUAUCCAGGUCCAGCACACGAGCAUCUACAGCAAAGCACCAACCACAUAACAUGUAAGUAUGAUCAAGUGAAACAUUAAAGAACAGGCAUGCUUUCAUGUUCACUAAAAAAUACUAAAGGAAAAGGGAAUGUGUCAUUGGGAAAAAGUAUCAUUAUCAUAGGGAAGUGAAAAGAUUGGAGGAUUUCUAGAUUUUGCCUUAAGAAACACACACUGGUGCAGAUUUUUUUUUCUGAAUUAGUUGAUUAAUAAGUUACCGUAAAGGGUAAAAAAGCUGAUGUUUCGAGCAUUAGCCCUUCAUCAGAGCUAUUGAAUCUGAAUUGCUCUGACAAAGGGCUAACGCUCGAAACGUCAGCUUUUUUACCCUUUACAGUGGCUAAUUUACAUUUUCAACCCAGUUGUUAACACUAAAUUACCUGCUAUACUCUCCCACCGACGCAGCACCACAGUUUCUUUAGAAACUUACCCCUUUAUGAUUAAUAAGUUAGAUGGCAGAGCAGCUGAAAGUUUCAAAAUUCUGCAUUCUGUCUGUUUGAAAGCUUGAAUUGUGUUAUUUCAUCAGUCUCUGGGAGGGGGUUAUUUUGUAGCUGUUUCAUUAACCUUAAGAGAAAUUCUGAAAUGCUUUCCUGACUCAUCCACCUCCUCAAAGACCAGUGAAGACAGAAAUCUCUGGUUUAAUCUGAAUGCCAUUUAGGAAAAGAAAAGCAAUCUUUAUAUACACUUUUGGUGUUAGUGGAAAACUUAGAUUGAUCAAGAGAGCUAAAAUGCUAUGAGGGAUCAGCAGAUCAGUACUGUGAGAUUGGAUUCCUUGGCCCUCUGAAAUUGUACGUAACUAUAUCCCUAAUAUUAAAAGUGAUAGUGGCUUGAUAAGGGGUAUUACCAUGUAUAACUUUAUACUGGAUAUGCAGUACAUUGUAGAUCACAUUUACCAUUUGCUCGUCAAUGUUAUGCAUGUUAAAUCACAGUGACAUACUGUAGGUGCACUAUUUGUACCAGGUGCAAAUUUCCUAAGUUCCUUGCAGUGAGGUGCAUUUAGGUUUUUUCUUGAAAAGAUAGGGUCUGUGCUGUGCACAGAGUGUUAACACUUGGGAGUUUUGUGAUUGUGCUAUUGAUUUGUAAUUCAUUAAAAUUAUUAUUACUAGUACUACCAACUUCUUAGUGACUGUACACUGUAGUUUGACAACUUUUGCAGUAACCUUUUAAGAGUGAAGAAUAGUUAUAGCUUUUAGAAGUCACAGAGUUUUUAGAAUUUAGCACUGAAUAACAGAGCUGCCUUUUAAGACCUUUCUCAGGCCUACAAGCUCUCAGUUGUAAACUAACCUCAUAGUUGCAUAGAAUGUGUAUGCUACUCUGAAUCUGUGUUUCUUUUUUUGCUUUUUGUGAUGGCUAUUGUUGUUGUUGGUCAUAGGUAAAGUAACAUCAAACAGUUCUUUACAGUGUCAAAUGGUCAUGUCUGAUUAUGUUUGCCUUAUAGGUCUUGAAUAGCUUGGAAUAUUGUCUCUGUUGCACUCUGCAUUUGACUCUCUCCCUGGGACUCUCUUCUUGGUGUUGUUGUAAUCUUUUCUCUCUUAUUCUCCAUAUACUAGUCAUAAAUUAGCCAUGGACCUCACUAUAACUUCCAAGAUAUCUUAUGUAAUUAUACCUUCUCACUGCUGUAUAUUUCCUUUUAAAUUACUAUUGAGGAUUUACUGCUAUUAUCAAUAUAACACCUUCCAGCUGAUGUAUUUAUCAUUUCUUAUCACUUGUGAACCAAAUAAUGUAUUGACAUUUGAAGGAGAAGUCAUAUGUUAAUCACUUCUCAGAGUGCCAGGGGUACAGGUAUAAAGUUUGGCUUGGUCUGGCUUUGCAGCUCACAAGUUUUCUGGAUUUCUGUUUUUUCCAGUCCUGUACCAUGUUGCUUUUGUUGUUAUUUCCAUUGUUGGAUCUUUUAUUAACUUCUAAGCUGUACUUCUAUUACAAUCUCUGUGUGACUCUAACAAAACUCUGGUCUAUCAUAAACUAGAAGCACCUGCCUUCUGUGUCUUCCUUUAAUGCCCCAAUAAAGGAGACACCUUCAUGCUAACAUAGAGCGACUGUGUUUAUCUUUUGUUCUUGCUCCACUUGACUCCUUAUAAAUGGGCACUUUUUACUCUUACCUCUCUUUUUUAUGGACUUCUAUAAGUAGCUUUGGUUUCCUUUCAGAAUGUCAAAAUGUCAAUCACUGUCAUUAUCUGUCAAGAGUCCUUUUGAGGCCCACCCUCACCUGGAUGAUCAUCUGUUACCCUCAAGUUCAAACUCUUCUCUGUUAAUGUUUUUGUAAUCAUCAAAGGUUCCCAGUGAUCUUACAAUCCUGUAAAUGAAUGAUAAAAUAACCCUCACAUAUACAGUUCAGAAAUAUAUAAAUUAGGAACUGACUCUGAAAUUCCUCCUGGCUGAGCAUGCUUUAUGGUGGUCGCUUGUGAAGUUUGUUUAUUUUCAGACUGUUAAUAAAAGUUAAAGAUAAUUUUCUCAAUAAGUGACAAAAGCAUACUCCCUUUUUUUGAGAACCCCUUUUUUUUUUUACAAAGGAUGUCAAAUCUGAGAUAAACUAAACAGGCUGAAAGUCUAAAAAACAUCUUUAUUAUGCUCAUUUUUCUUGUGAAUAAUUAGUGUAAAUAAAGGUUAAAUAUCUGUAAAACUGCAUUCUAAACAGACAAUAAAUCCAAAGAAUGGCCACAUUUUGAAAUUUAAUUAACAGUGUGUUUUAAAGAAUAUUUCAGUUUGCAUUCGACGUUAAUCUCUUGGUGAAACCCGAAUAAAUUCACAGAAAACACUACAUUUUGAUAGUUUUCCUCUUGUUGUUCGCGUUGGUUUAUUGAAUUACCACACCUCAUAUAAACGUUUCCAGACACAAGAAGACAUCCAGACUCGACUUCAAAAUUGACAUUUGUUUUUAGAAAAUGCUUCAAAUUGUCUCUUUCUACGGCUAAUUUACACGUGCAAUUUGGAGAUGAGCUAUAAGCCUCUCGCAUAGAACUUGACAAAAACUAAAUUUUUUUUUUUUUUAGAAAAACAUCGGCAUCCAGUUCAUGUUAAGGUUUACGAUUUAAAGACCACUAUAUCGCCUUUUAAAAGUGCUAGGGAUUGGAAUUGAGGAAAUAAGAAAACACAUGACAGAAUCACUUUUUGAAACAAUAGUUGCCCGACCAACCAACAUUUUUGGGAGAUAGCAGCUAUUUAAUGCGAUUCUGCUAAAGCGCUUUGUAGAGCCUUAUCAUAAAUUUUUCAACAAGCAAAGCCUUUUUCCCCAUAAAUAUGUUUAUGCCUAAGAGUCCACGUUAACGUUUCAUGAAAGGUUACUAAGUGAUGUUAAAACAUGAUGUUCAUCAACAACACGUAUAACAAAGCUACUGUGACGACUAUGGAGGUGUAAAAGGUGUCCUAAACAGGGAAUAAUCGUUUCUUUUCUUCACGGAAAGAAAUGCCUUGCAUUAAGGUGAAGUUACACAUUGGUCUCGAGUAGUACAGUAAUCCAUCACACUGAAAACGCAAAAUCAUUAAUAUUUCGCUAAUUUUAAUAUCGCUCAAAGUAUUGCAAAGUUCUAACAAAGCUGCUCGAUCUAACAAAAAAUGUCUUGAAAUCUUGCCGGAGGCAAAUCACAAGUUUUGUUCAUGUGGAAAAAAAUUUAUUUCACAGUUGUCGAGUACCUCUUAGGUGCAAUUUUGAGACAAGGGAAGAGAAGCGGUAAAUUUAUUCUCGCGUGGCGGUACAGGCCCACAGCUUCGAGCUACAGACACAGCGACUCGAUCUGUUUAUAAGAGGGAACAGGACUUCUACCUCGCGUUUCUUUUAAACGGAACACUCUUGAAGGCCUUGAUAACUCGGAAAUAGAGCUCGUUUUCUAGUGAAACCGAGUAUGGGGUCUUGCAGCACACAAUCAAGCGCCAACUUGAAAGGUUUUUUUUUAUCUUCGCGGAGCAAAACGCGUGCCAAGUGCGUGCGCUGAAUUGCCCUUAUCAGUCGCCUUAAAAAUAGAGUUCAGAAGCGACCGCCUUUAUUAGAAAUGCGCUCUGAGUAGGCUGGCUGGCUCUUACUAUCAGCUUUGCUGUAAUAACUUGACAGAGCUGUUUAUUUUUGCAAAAGUAAAGUAAUCAUUAGGGUACAACUGGAUGGCUUAAGUAAUUAUACCAUUUCGCAAAUGCAAAGUUUGUUAGACUGAAUGAAACAGAUACAGAGAAUUUAGAGAAAAUCGAGGAAACUUUUUGUAACACGCGUAGAUUACACUUUUUAGGGCAAAGAAUGAUUGGUUUCCAAAUCCAACGGAGACAUUUUUUUUGUCACUGGUCGCGAUAAGACAGCUUUAAAGAUUUCGAAAAUCAUAGCGAUGAUACCGAUUAGAACGUGUACGACGAACUGUGAAAAGUAGAAGGAAAGACAAAAUAGAUAACGGGGCGAUAGCAGAGGAACAAACACACUUAGUCGGCGGUAUUUACAAGAUUUACUCUUUCUGUUGAACUGCGCGAGCCAUGUUGAUUUUUUGAUGUGAACGUCUCUGGUUUUUAUCCAUGUGAAUCAUUCCGUCAAUAGACAAAUUGUCUCAGGCUUAAAUAAGAAAAUUGUUCAAUAUCUUAUGUCGGUUGUUAGGUCGUGUAAUAUACUAACCAACCUUUAAUAGCAAAUCCAUUACUGUAUUGAAACAAAAAUUGACCAUGUCCACGAAAUGUUCUCAUAUUUGACAAAGUAGAGUUACUUUUUCUGCUGAGGUGCAGAAGUAAGUAAGCUUUUCCAGAGUUCACUUUAUUUCCUCAGAGAUGCCGUUGGUUUUUUUUUCUACGUACCUUACAAAUAGAGCAAACAGAAUUAACACAUACAAAAACAUGAUAAGGAAAUAAAGCAAAAAAAUUUUUACCCAGUACAGUGUCCGUGCAAACAGUGAACCCGUUGUUUACUUUAAGGGAAUUUUUUUUGAGAAGAAUCAGUUUUUCUGGUCUUUGAGGGCUUUACAGUGUUUUUUUAGUACUUUCUUUCUUUCUAUCUUUGCCAGCAAUUAGAAAAAUCGGCUUAUUCUUGAACCGAGAAUGUUUAAUUGUCUUAUUUUUCAGGAUACUUUUUACGAAAUUACAAUUUUCUGAGGCAGAAGAAUAAAUAUUCAAUUAGUGAUUUUUAAAUGCAAAGUUGUGUCUCUGAAGUCGCCGACUGUCCAACCCACUAAACAGCGAAAUAGAGGCUCUAAAUAAGCUGCAUAUUCUCUCUGUGCUCACGUGAGAUUUUAAAGGACAAGGAAACUUAUCUUUUUCUAAUAUGCUAACUGGUGUGGCUCUAAACACUAUUGUUUCUUUUUUUCUAAGAAAUAACUCUUUGACUGACAGAUGCUCCUACAUUUCUCGUUCGUUUCCUUGACCAUCAUUUUUGUCACGUAAUGGGUUGCCAUAGCUAUUUCAUUGCCUGUUAGAACUCCCGUAAUUGUAACUUUAAGCGCUUAUUAUUCAAGAACGAGAUCGACAACCCCCUUUUUUAACAUCAAAUUGCAAUCAGCAAGUCCAGGUUCAUAUUUUUAAAAAGCGGUUUUUAUCUGUGUUGUAGGCCAGAGCCACCUUACUUUUUCGUUAAUUUCCCCGUCUAUGUGGGCCCCUUUUCCUGAAAUGGAUUGAGCUAAAUUAUUGUUGACACCAUCGUCUUCGCUGUCGUCAUCAUCGUGUCGGGCCUUAGAAAUCAUCCUUUGCUUCUGUUGUAACAUUUGUUUGCUUUAUCCUGAAAAAGAUCUUUUUUGGAACAUUCAACAGAAGCAAACUCUCCUUUCAUCGUUAUCUGAAGCUUUACCCUUAAGCUAUGAACAUGGUUAAUUCCCUCUCAACAAUUUGUGAAAGCAUCUCUGUCUCAAGUCUAGAUACGAAUCUGGGUCACUGUGUAAAUUUUUUGCUACUAUCAUUUGCAACGAAUACUUAGCUUCAGCUUUGAAGGCUUCUCUCUGCCAUUUCUAUGCGGCGCCUAAAUGAGUACGUUUUUUUUUUAUAUUGUUUGCCGCCUGUUCCUUCCUUUCACGACAAGCUGGCGUCCUGAUAUCGCUGUGGACAGUCAUAUUGGAUCACCCUGGCCUUGACCUAGCCUCCCUGAAGUUAGAAAGAGGGUGGCGCUAAUUCAGAAUUAAAAAUUAAACUUAUUUUUAGCAUCCCUCGUGUGAAAGCACAUGUUUGGAGAAAAAUAGUUUGCGACAUUUACCUUAGAUUGAUACGAAUAAGAUAAAAGUAAAAAUGUAAACUGUAAAUCGCUCCGCAAUACUAUACAACCGAAACAAAAAUUUAGAAUAUCGUCGGACAACCUGGCCCUGAAGAAGGAGGAAACGAGAGUGUGUGUCGAUAGUUGAUCCCCAAACUGAUAGUGAAUCUAUUGUCGACACAAACAGUUCGUAAAUUGAGCAAAGGCCCCAAUAACGUGACCGAAAUGGAAUAGCUAAAGUGAAAUGAUAUGCAUUAGGAACUAGCCAAGCAAAGAGCGCAAUGCGCUAAACCGUUUCUUUUUAAAAAUUUAAUCCAUAAAUUCGAAUGUCUUAAGCACGGCUAAACCGACAACUGUAAUGAAGAACAAAACCAAAAACCACAGAUUUUGAUUUCAAAAACCGAAACUUUUCCCAAAAAAUGACCAGAAGUGGAAAACCGAAAUAGCCAGCCAUGCUAAAGUUAUUUUCCUCUAUACUGUAACAACUUGUGAGUUUAUCUAUUUCAGCCAGCGUUACAUUUGACAGGUCCCAGUAGACCUAGUAGUGCAAUCCGUUUUAUUGGUUUUUGUUGGUUUAUGUUUGUCUGUCUGUUUGUUUUUUCAGUAGACUGGGCAAACAUGAAUUCAAGAAGAAAACUGGAGUAAGUAAUUUUACGGGGCUUCUUACAGGAUCUGUUAGUACAUUUUUCUGUAUAUUUAUUCUUCUGCGUGUUUAAAUUUCUGUGUUUGCAAAAUAAUUUAUAUUCCCUAUGUAUUGAGUUCAUCCUACCGAAAAAGUAGAUGAAGUACUGGUACGUUCGCAGGGAUUCUUAUACUAUUAGUUUUUGUUCCUUCUUUGCAGGUUGUUGCUAGCAGUGAUGGAAGUGGAUCACUAAGCUCAUUUAGUAAGUGAUAUUCACAAAAUUUUUAAAAAUGUGUUUGUGUUUGUGUUGGCAUGUCAGACCAAGAGAUGAGAAGAUUUUAGACUAACUCCUUUGUCUAUUUAACGAAGAAGUAUUACCUUGCGCCGCCAGUCUGAAGAUGUUUACUAAGUUAUUACCUUCGAGAAGGAUCAUGUUGCUUACUCUUAAAUUCACUUCUCAAAAAUGAUAACUGAAAAGGUCAAGCACUUGAUAUUAAACUACCUAGGAAAUUCAUACCAGCACCCAACUUUCCUUUGUCAUCUUCCAAUGUUUCAUUUAGUCAGCUUUUGUUUAAUUCAAGUUUAAAAGUUUCAUUUUAAACAUACCAGACUGUCUGUAGAAACAGACAAUUUUACUUAAUCAUUUCUUGGAUGAUAUGAGCUACUUCGACGUCAAGCUUUAAAAGUGCACUUUAUGUAUCAUGUAUUGUUUUCCCUGUGAGGAUUAUUUUUCCAAUUAUUUAUUUUUAUGUAAUAGUGUAGUUUGACCGUCCGGGUGAGUGUAGUCCUGAGAAGGACUGUUGUCGGUAGUGGUGACUGCUUACCCGACGAGCGCAAUUAGUAUGUAAUACGACAGACAGCUUAUCCGACGAGAACAAGUACCUUAACCAUGUUUUUUCAAAGAACAACUACAACGAAGACUAUCCAACGUAACACUCACAGACCUACUACUACAACCGAAGCUAACGUCAACGCAAUUCAUACGACCACAGCCACUAUACCAUACAUAAAGGGCAUAUCUGAGAACAUCUCACGCAUCCUACAACCAUUCGAUAUCCGCGUCGCUCACAAACCUAUUACCACACUACGUCAGUUACUGACUAACAUCAAAGACAGAGACGAACCGAGGAACAGACAAGGAGCAGUAUAUAAGAUCAAUUGCUCCGACUGCCACGCCUCCUACAUCGGUGAGACUGGCAGAAACCUCGCAACUAGACUGACUGAACACAAACGAGCGACGAGGAAAGGCGAUGUCAACAAUCACAUUGCUGAACAUCACCGACUAACGAACCACACUAUUGACUGGGACUCUGCGCAAUGCCUAACCUACAGCACCAACUACUUUCAACGAUUGACCCUGGAAAGCUGGUUUACUAACUUGGAACAGACUCCCCUCAACAGGUGUUAACCACUACUGGCACCAUACAAACGACUCAUCCACGACAUUAACAUUACAAACGAACCGAACAGAACGACCUAACUUUACUAACGGAUCCAAACCGACCAAUCACGACCGACCUACGCCACUUGAGUCUUACAGCCAAUAACAUUACGGCAAAACUGACCAAUUAGUGUACACAAACCGGACUAAGUACAUUCGACUGACAACAACCUUUCACUUGACUCUGAUGAUGACUUCCGCUCAGGUCGUCGAAACGUCAGUCACCACUACCGACAACAGUCCUUCACAGGACUACACUCACCCGGACGAUCAAACUACACUAUUACAUGUUACCCCCGGGUUCAAACCAUUUACUGUAUUUAUGUUUUAAUCGUUUUUGCCAUUUUGAAGAAAGUUCAUUUGCCUGUGCCGUUCAGUUGAUUUAAUGCUUCAUGAAUUUGGCCAGAGAAGGACUCCAUUUUCAGUAGCGAUGAAUUAGAAAAAAAGAUCUUUAUCUUGGCUGCCUGCAAUCUGGACAAAUGGAACCAUAUAUUGUAAACACAAAGAGCACAUGGUUUUUGAUAAGUUAAGUCUGAAGGCAUUCUUGGUUUUAUUUCAGGCUCAGUGACAGGCUUAGAUAAUCCUGUUUUCACUGAACGCAGUGGUACAGGCUCUGACACUGAUACAAGAUACAGCGGCAUACAACACAAGGAUAACACUGACUGUGUAUCACGUGACUCCUCAAAUUCAACCAAUCGCAGCACGUUGCCCAGACCUCAUUCUCUAAACUUGUCUUCAGUGAACAGUGGACAUGAGUUUUUACUUCGUGAUGACUUUUGUACCUCACAAAACUCUCUUGAUCACAAUCGAAGCCUUUAUAGCCAUGGAUUGUUAAACGGUGCAACAGUGACUAAUGAGGUGGGAAGCUCACUGUCUAUGGACUCAGGGAAUCCCCUUGGGACACAGUCACUUGAGAGCUUAAAUGACAGAAGUCACAACACCCCGCCUUCUAACGCUUCAUCGGACCAAGCCUGCUCUCCAAGCGUUCGUGUGUCAAGGUGUGUGGCUGGAAAGUUAUGUUAUACUGUAGUUAUUGACAUAAGAAAAAACUACAACAACUAAAACAAAAUCCAUUCAACCAGUAAACAGACAGAAGAAACAGAUGGAUUUCUAAAGCUACAGCAGACGUGUCAGUGUAGGAGCGUCCAUGUCUCCGUUGUUAAUGGUUCUCAUCUUUGAUAGACUGAAAGGCCAUUUGAAUCAAAUAUAGUGCAAGAAUUCAAUUCAAUUCAAAUCUAGUGCAAGAAAGACUUAGAAUUGUCCCUAGGUGCUUGAAUAGCAAGACCUUGGUAUAAAUGGUUAUUUUAAUUGUCCUUAUUUUAUUUCUUGCAUUUUCUGGUCUUUUAGAGUAUUUUUCACCCUUUUGAUUUGAUUAAUGUACACUGACUUAAUUUUUGGGUAUAAUAGUUAUGUAAAAACAUAAAAAUGUUUUGAGCAUCAAAAUUUUUCACCCUCUGCAUACGCCGGUUUAGAAGAAUUUAUGGUGAUAAUAGACACUACUUCUCAGCGAAGCUUGAAAUUUACAACCUGAAUCUUGGUCACGAACCUUUGAUAUAAACUGUUUUACUUUGGAGUUCAAACUGAAGAGAUUUAUAAUCUUGAUAUGUAAUCUCGGUAUAACUUCGAGUGAGUUGUAAGUGAGUGUGUUAUAUUCCAGACCAGCCCGUCCAGUUUCUCUUAGUUUGGAACAGUUAGUGGCAGACAAUGCAAGUGAAGUGACUGGCCGAACCAGUGGAUACAGUACAUCAAAUGACUCAGACCUAGAGGAAGGCAGGGAUAUGGAAUAUGAAUGUGGCAAUGAGUUACCUUUUUCUCGGGAAGCACAGGUAAAGAUGCGAUUAAGCACACCAUUAAUGUACUUAUUCAGUAUUUCUGUUGAGUAUCACAGCGCGAGGCUUUUUGAAUCACAUUUUAAUAAGGUGAAAGAAUGGAAAAUUGAAAUCGAACUAAGAAAAACAAUAACUUAUUUAUGAUUUCACAGAAUUGUUUAAUUUAAUUGCAGCUCGAGGAAUUAGAAAAAAUCUUCAACGAAGGACAAGUAUUCACAGAAUUUCAAAAGGUCGAACGGAGAAGUGAGGUAAGAACGCUAUCAACUGAUUGAUGCCAUAUGCAAUCGAUCGGUUAUUGUCUGAUUUGAGUGGCCUCACUAAUCAAUCAUCACUUUAUAAAUACAACAAUACAACCGUUCCGCUAACACAAGGACUAGCCUUCCUCUCCUUAUAAUUAUCCUAAUAAGUAGGUGAAGCAACAUCUGUACUUUUCUUCCGGUGUUUGGGCGUGAUCAACAAUCGCGUAGUUUUGCUCAUAAUUAGGUGUAUGCCAUGCGCGGAUUCUGAAUGAAUCUCGUCGUUGGAGUAAUUUAUUGCCUUCUGGUCUGUGUGGGUUUUGGUGGGUACCCCAUCAUAUUUGUGCUAAGAUCGCUUCUCUAUCGCUAUUACUAUAACCCCUAUUUGAAAUCACAAGAUGAAAGAUUUACUUUUUGUUGUGGCCUUUACUAUGUAUGUUAAAGCUCGCUGUGAAGUAUGGUGAAUAAGCCUUAAUAUUGCAGAAGCUAACAUCUGCCAGUGCCCAGUGCGGUGGGAAUGCAGAGAAAAACAGAUAUAAAGACGUCAUUCCCUACGAGGUAAGACGAGCUGUGUUCGGAACGUGCAAGGUUUUCUUUGAUGGAAAUAAUUUUUCUGAGAAUAGAGGGUGCUGGCGUUUUACAGAUUGAACUCUCCAGUUAUUUUCUGCUCGAUUGAUUGUUUCUGUCUUAUCUAAAAGGAAUCUCGAGUCCGUUUAAAUCCUCGCAACAAUUCAAGUGGCAGCGAUUACAUCAAUGCAGACUAUGUCAAGGUAAGAACUUUUUGAGUGUGCCAGCACCUCAAGACGUGUUUUUCGUAUUGUUUGCGCUGUGAAGGCAUUAAAGCAGGAGCAGUAGCUUAUGAGUUGAACUAGAGUGCAAUCUCAAACUGUGAAGGCCGGUGAGGACGCCAUGCGCGCGUCAACAACGAUACAUUAUUCAUUUUAUUUUGACGAAUGAAUUUCACACGCGGUAAUGGUUGUAAUGGUAGUAAUGGAUUGGUUCUCGUUAAGCACAUUUUAUUCUAUAGAGCAACAUCUCGUUAUUUACCUCGUAGAAAAUCUGCCUCGUGUGUGGUGUUCGUCAUAAGGCCAUAUCUAACCUCUCUGUUCGUGUUGUAAUCUCAUUGCAGGAGGACGUGGGGACUAAGACCUACCGUUACAUUGCCGCCCAGGGCCCCAUGGAGAACACAGUGGCUGAUUUCUGGCAGAUGGUGUGGGAGCAGAAUGUUACAAUUAUAGUGGCUGCAACAGACGACAAAGUAGGGUAUACAUUCUGUCUGUUGACUUCAGUGCACAGCAACGUAAGCCUGUGCUUAGGGUUUAUCCGAAUUUUCUGUUAGAACAAACGACCCAAAAAGUGAGGUUAGCAAAGGAUUUCUUCAUGACACCUGAAAAGGGUAAUUGUGGAUAAAUGAAUGCGUGUGGAGCGUAAAUUGUUGUCUGAACCGUUUUUUUAAUUGUAGUUCUUGUAAACAAAGUUUCUUUUAAAGGUUUUCUCGACCGUCCACUCCGUCGAUUUAAUGAGUGUAUAUUUUCUGGGUAAAGUAAUACUUAAGAUAUGCUGACGCUGAACGGUAAAUGUUAAAAAAAAUAAAAAUAAUGAAAUGAAUUUACUUCAUCAUGUCCACCACGUAGCUCUUCAUCUGAAGUGACUGCCUAAUUACAGUUGGAAUAUAUAUACACCGGCACUAUAAAUGAAACAUUCUGUUUCUAGGACCAUGGUGUAGUGUACUGAAUCAGUUCAGUUUCUUUCAACAGGUUAGCAGCAAGAAUACGUGCUAUCCUUACUGGCCAGAGGACUUGGAUGGGAGCAGAAAAAAAUUUCGAAGUUUUGAAGUGGAAACAGUUUCUAUCCGGAUUACAUCGUCAUUCAAGGUGCGUAAACUAUCGCUACAUAUGGCUUCUUCAAAGGAAAAGAAAACGAUUUGUCAUUUGCACUUUACUGAUUGGCCUGAUCAUGGAGUACCACAAGAUCCUAAACAUUUUCUUGGUAAGUACACUCCUCUUGCAUAUGAAAAACUAAACGAAAUGGCUUUUUUAUUCUUGCCAUUAAUAUAGAACUGGUCGGGAAAAUGAGCAAAUCAGCCCUACGACCAAUACAGUAAUACCUGAAUGUGUAGAUAUAUUAGUGAUGAUAAAUCUGGUGUACAUGAACUAUGACUGCUCAAAGUAGACUAUAGUAAUAUUCAAUUUUCCGAGUCAAGAGGAGGAUGUUUACAUGACGGGGUUAUUUUUUUCCCACACACAGGAUUAUACAAGAAUUAGGUCCAGCCAUUUAACUCGAAAAAUGUCUGAGGCCAUUUCUGAGUUGUGAUUGUGAGCGAAAAUUCCCUCCUCCUAUCCAUCAUUCAAUAACUCUGUCACCCCUUCCUUCCAUUCCUGUUAACUCUUCGAUAAGUCUGCUGACUAGUGCAUAAGGCUUUUGCAUGUUCAGUUCUUGCGUGAGGCUCAACUGAUGGCUGAGAAUUGGUCAAAAUUUUGACAGUCUGCUGAGAAACAAGGCGUAUUUAACUAAUAGCUGAGAUCUAAGAACAGCAAAUUUUACUGAAGGAUGAAAAAUGGGCUGAAAUUAAGACUGUGGGUGCAUUAGAUUUGUACAUAUUGGUCAGAUAAGGCGCUUGGAUAAAUAUACUUCUCAAGAGCGAUAAGCCAUAUGACAUUUCAGUAUUGAUAGGCUUUCCGUAUAAACCUUGUUGAUCCCGAACGGGAGAGAGUUUGUGGUAAUUACAUCACUGUUAAAUGUCGCAUUUUAAAGCAAUGUCGAGAAUUGUCUUUGUUCGAAUUUCCCCUAUAAUGUUACAAAUUUAGGACCAUUUCUGUCUCCCAUGUUCCAAAGACGAUUUUGAUUUUCCACUAAUCACGUGUCCUUGCAUAAAUUAAAAUGUAUCCUUCCUGGGAUACAAUUUUGACUUUCGGGAAAACGAAACUAAGUGUUUCCCAAGUUUAUAUUAUGUGGCACAUACAUUUGUCUAUUCGUUCAUCGCUAGUUUGUUUUUACUUUGUGUGGGGAACAGAAUUUCUGGAUGAAUUAGAGUCUGCAAGGCAACAGGUCAGCUCAAACCAUGGUCAUGCGCAGGAAGUUCAACCAGUGUUAGUUCAUUGUACGGCCGGUGUUGGGAGAACUGGGGUCAUUAUACUUACCGACCUUAUGAUUGGCUGCUUACAGAGUAAUCAGGUUGGUACACCGUUACCUCAAUCCCAUAUAAAUUCCUAAUCAAAUUGCAUAAUUAGCAGAUUUAUUUUGUUUCUAAAGAAAUACAAAUCAUGUCGCAAAUGGACGUGAACUUGAAUCAGAAACUAAGCCAUUAAGUAGAUAUGGACCUUACAGAAGAACAGUGCUUGUCGAGAAGACUGCGACACCCUAUCCUUUUUUUUUUAACAUUAUCUUAAAUUUUACCCUCCCCCCUCCAAUGCACGCGCCUUUACUCUCCCCGUCCUUAAAACAGGAUUGGUCUUUUCCUGUUCUAGGUUUCAACUUAGGGCUGCCUGUCUUGUUUUUCUGAUAUGGAGAAUAAUUGGUGCGAACAGUCUGGAACAUCUUGUCAAAUCUCGUCCUGUCGAACGACUCGGCAGUCGGAAUGGUAGUUUAUAAGAGUCUGAUAGACUUACAUCAACGGUCAAACACCCAUAACGUAUAAGCCUAGCCCAAAUCAUAUUAUGUUUGCUUCUUUUCUUGCAGAGAGUUAACAUUCUUAAGUCACUGAUCCAUCUCCGAAGCCAAAGGAUGCUGUUAGUGGCAAACUUCGGUCAAUAUCGGUUUGUUUACACCGUACUUAUACACUUCCUCAAAAAUAGCAGACUGAUAUAAACUUGGCAAGGUAGAUGAAGAGUCAGUCAGCGGUGGCAUACAGACAGACUUCAGCUGGUGUCAGGAACACCAAAAUACUCACCCUCAACUUCUGGGCCCGUAAACGGCAAUUUUUUUCAACAAAAGAACAGGCAUCAGAAAAAUGGACUUAGGGUUUUUUAAGAUGUCGUGGCAUAAGUG